AUGUGUCUGCAGACCAUCUUUUUGUGUUUCGAUUCCAUUAAUGCAUUGAAUCAGAACGAAGCAAGCACGAUCAAGUUCAGCCUCGGUAGCAGCUUCGAGGGCCGCCAAACUAGCAGGAUCCAUUUCGGUUUGAGAACCUCCUGCUCCUGUUGCGUUUCCAGUGGAUCCACCUCGGGUUGCUUUGCCACCCUUUGUAAUGGGUUUCUUGAGAUCUGGUCGGAAAAGAUUGGAUCCAAAUUGAACGAGAGAUGAGAGUACGGUGGUAUUUCCACCUGGUCCACCAUCUCCCUCACCUUCAGAUUCUGAUUCCGAGUGUCGACCUUUUCUGUAUCCCGUGUGACCUUCAAACCAAUUUUGUUGACCUCUCCAACCUAA